CCCGUCCCGUCCCGUCCCACAGCCAUGGCGGCCGCCGCGCUGUGGCGGCUGAGGCGGGCCUUGACGGCGGCUUUCAGCAGCGGGGCGGGGCCCGGGCGGCCGGAGAAGCUGACGGUGCGGCGGCAGGAGGAGGGUGUCCGGAACAUCAUCUUGAACAACCCGAGGAGAAGAAAUGCCCUGUCCCUGUCCAUGCUGCAGUCCCUCAGGGAGGACCUGCUGCACGACAUCAAAAGCAAGGACCUCCGAGUUAUUAUCAUCUCAGCUGAAGGACCUGUAUUUUGUUCCGGCCAUGAUUUAAAGGAACUGUCAAGUGAAGAUGAUGUGAAACAUCAUUCCCAAGUAUUUGAAAUGUGUGCAGAGGUUAUGACUUUAAUCCAAAAACUUCCAGUGCCAGUGAUUGCGAAAGUGAACGGGUUGGCUACAGCAGCAGGUUGCCAGCUGGUGGCCAGCUGUGACAUCGCAGUGGCAAGUGAGAAAUCUCAGUUUGCUACUCCUGGGGUGAACAUUGGACUGUUCUGCUCCACACCAGCUGUGGCCUUGGGCAGAUCUCUUCCAAGAAAGGUGGCAUUAGAGAUGCUUUUCACGGGUGAGCCUCUUUCUGCCCAGGAAGCAUUAAUGCACGGGCUUGUCAGCAAGGUGGUACCAGAAGACAAGCUGGAAGAAGAGACCAUGAAGAUCUCUCACAAGAUAUGUGAAAGCAGCAAAUCUGUCCUGGCCCUGGGGAAAGCCACCUUUUACAGACAGAUGGCCCAGGACCUCGAUACUGCUUACAAAAUGACUACUCAGGUCAUGGUAGACAAUUUGACUUUGAGAGAUGGGCAGGAAGGGAUUGAAGCCUUUAUUCAGAAACGUAAGCCUGUCUGGUCACACUCUCAGGAUGAGAAGAAAUGAAUCUUGUUUUGGGCUAACCUUAGCUGUGCUUUAUGAUUCUUCACGCAGUUGCCUUUGGAAACUCUAUUUUUGUUCUUAAUGAAAGUUAAAUGCCUCUUCUUACAUAUGCCAAAGACACAAUAAAUUUAUUCUAAGUAUAUAAAAAAUGUUAGGAAAAAUCAAACACAAUGUUUUUUUUUCAGCAAUGAACUUAAUCUAUGGUUUUAGAAGGAACUUUGUGCUGCAAAAAUCAGUUUAGCAUGUCCCAGGUUACUCGGAAUCACAGGGACUGGGAGAGAGCCCAUAUCACCCUGUUCAGUACCUGUCUCCAUCAUUCUGGAAAAGAAUUGCCAUUUACUGUUAUUAAUAGAGACUUAAAUGGCUUGGAGACAUUCUAGAUAUGAUGGUAAUACAUAUCAUGAUGGAUUCCAGUGCUGUUUAGAUGUUACAAACAGAAGCCUGUAACAGUAGCCCAUUGAUCCCUACAGAUAUAUCUGCUUAUGAACUGCAGUAUUACUAGUUUGUCUCCCUCAGCAAAUCCUGGUUUUCCACCAUCAUCUCAGUCACUUAUCCCAACUUCAGAGAAUUUUGCUGUUGACUCCAGUGAGCAUGGUUUAGGGGUGUUUAGCUUCACAAAGGACACACUGUGAAAGCCACUGCCUGUCAGCUUCAGCAGAGAUUCUCACCUUGGCAGGGUUUUGACCCAGCUGUCAUUUACAGGCUGUAAAUCUUCAGUUUAUCACAGAAUCUCAGAUGUGUUAGUUGGAAAAUCCAUCCAUGUGCUGAGAGCUAUGAUUUUACUAACACUGGAGCAGCUCUGCCAAGGAUUUAUGUUCUUGACAACAGGGAUUCAGCUGCUCCUGUGGGUAACCUGUUACAGUGCUGUGCAACCCUCCUGAUGAAAUAUUUUUUCUUAAUGCCCAGUCUGAGCCUCAAAGCAGCAUUUUUUUUGGCCACUGCCCCCUGGUACAUGGUGGCAGUGUGUUCCCCCCCACCCAACCUGACCUUUAUUUCCUGUAUCCCUGCUCAAGUGAUAACCAGUAGUGGUGUUCAUAACAAAUGUGUCUGGUUGUGAUGAUUGCAUCUGGCUCAAAGUGGAUCUGGGGAAACAGGUAACACCACAACGGCCACCGGUUAAUUUGAGCAAUGCACCCACCUGACUGCAGUGUUGGUAAAUGUCCAACUCAGGCCAAAUCUGGAAAAAAACUAACUCCUGUAGUCAGCAUGUGAAUGUGACUAUGAGUGAAUUAUCCUAAUCCACAGAUACGGAAUGGCACAGGUCCUGUGGAGCUCU